AUGCUUAGAAGACAGGCUCGUGAAAGGAAGGAAUACUUGUACCGUAAAGCGCAGGAGUUACAAGAGACUCAACUGCAACAAAAGCGAGAAAUUAUAAAGAAUGCAUUAGCACAAGGGAAACCACUACCAAAAGAGUUGGCAGAAGAUGAACAACUGCAAAAGGAUUUCAGAUACGACCAGACCGCUGGUGCAGGAGAGACGGAGGACCUGGUAGAUGACGAGUAUGCGGCAACGAGUGGUAUAAGCGAUCCCAGAAUCAUCGUGACUACAUCCAGAGACCCUAGCACAAGACUAUCGCAGUUUGCAAAAGAGAUCAAGCUACUGUUCCCAACGGCAGUGCGAUUGAACCGUGGUAACUACAUCAUGCCAAACCUAGUGAGCGCUUGUGUCAAAUCAGGGACCUCAGACUUGGUGAUCCUGCACGAGCAUCGAGGUGUCCCAACAUCACUAACAGUAUCACAUUUCCCACACGGCCCCACUGCAUAUUUCACACUACACAACGUCGUGCUAAGACACGAUAUCUUAAACAGUGGGAACCAGAGUGAAGUGAAUCCACAUAUGAUCUUUGAAAAUUUCACCACGCCACUGGGCAAGCGUGUGGAAAGUAUCCUAAAACAUUUAUUCCCACCCGGUCCAAAGAAAGACUCCCCCCGUGUUAUAACGUUUGCCAAUCGUGGUGAUUUCAUCAGUGUAAGACAACACGUUUACGUGCGUACGCGAGAAGGAGUUGAAAUCGCCGAAGUUGGGCCUCGUUUCGAAAUGCGACUGUUCGAACUAAGAUUGGGUACAUUGGAUAACAAGGACGCUGACGUUGAAUGGCAAUUGAGAAGGUUUGUACGCACUGCUGCACGUAAGGAUUAUUUGUAA